CUACAAUCCAUCAAAAUACCAAAAACUGAAUCACAGUCCCUUGUUACCGUUUGUAGAGGAAAUAUUCGUUUCCUUUCUUUCCAUCGUGUCUCCGAGCGUGCACUACAAAGAGCAUUCACCCUCUGCUCACAGAUCGUGCCUUUUCUUUCUUUCCUUUAUUUUGCAUUUAAGGACAGGUGUCUCACUUGACCCGUUCUGGUCCGGAUGUCCGUCUUUCGCAAGCCAUCGCUCCAAGUCUCGCCUCCAGACGAGCCAUCUUUCCUCCCAUCAGCCGAAAAAGAUCAGAGUUGGAUAAGUCGAACCUUAAAACGCGCUUCUUCCUCCAAUAAUCAAAAUCCGCCUGCUCAUGACCACCUCAGUGCUCGCGACCUCGCAACACGAAACGCGAGUGCUUCUUCGUUGUCCAGCUUAGCCGUUGCAGGUGGGGCAGAUUUUCAACCGCCCCCAACGCCUCGCGCUCCUGGCACUAUCAGCAGUAAACACACCCCUCGCAGUCACCGAGAGAGCACCACGAGCUCUGCUUUCCUUUCUGUUUCGCCAGCACAUGGGCCACCGAACUCAAGUCCAACACUGCCUUUGGCGAGUCUAUAUCUUGUGUCAGGCCUUCCCAAGUCACCGCAAACGUGGACCCUUGCCGAUACCGAUUCAAUUCAGGGUGUACAUCAUUGCGAAGGACGCUUCUGGCGCGCAGAAGUUCUGGGAAGUAGCGUUACCCCUGGACUUGGGGGAAAGAAGAAACGCCGCGGGAAAGGGGUGGGCGAAGAUGGGACAAGACGUCUUGGGAUGCUCACUAAGACAGAUCUUGGCAAAAUGCUCUCUAAAUCUCUCAAACUAUCUUUUACCCGUGAGGUUGAGAUCAUUGCCAGUACCCUUCAGCCACCUUCCACGGUCCAUACGUUCACCUUUCAGCUCCCUGGAUCGUCGGACGAGCCCUCCACGACGAGCAAUGGAAUCCUCCGUACUUCCAUGUUAAGCACCACUACCAACGGGGAGCGUUCAAUGCACGGAAAUAGUCCGUACCUAGAUCCUGCUUUUCCCCGACCGUCUUCAACCUACCUUGGCCCCUCAAAUACCUUUACAUCAGCAGCAGCGGCUUCGGACGCAUCUUCUAGUGCAAUAACUUACUAUGGUGUCUGCCUUACUGUUUGGUCGCACGCAGAUGAGGACCGUUCCGCCGCAAUCCGAAAAACUCUCGAAGAGGCUGCGCGACACAGAAGUGGCCCGGGGGGGGCCAGGUCACCGAAAGUAUCCAGUGUGUCAACAGACACAGAAGCAGGGGGGAAAGGCAGCGGUGGAAGGAGGAAAAAGCCGAAUCCAUGGAGCGCCACUGAGGCCGAAGACAGUGAGCUUGGCAGCGAUAUUGAUGGCAUCACAGGUCUGGCCGCACCAGGGGAGAAUCCUGGGGCUUCAACACUGUUCUUGCCUCCUAACACAGUGUUCUGGCUACCUUAUGCGCUGACGCUUGUAUCAAGGCAUCCCAUCUAUGAUUUGAUGAGAGAUUAUCUUACUCUCUCAUGGGCGCGCUUCAGUAAAGACGUCCAAUCACAUACUCUUCAGAUUUCCAAAAUAUUAGAGUAUCCUGCCCCCCGGGCGGGCGAGAUGGUUAAGAUAGAUGCUGGUGUCGCAGGCGAGACACUGGAAGUUGUAUGUCGAUUCCCUGGAGGACUGGAUUUUGGAAGGGGAUUGGUUGACGUCAAUUUCACUAUGUGGCCCUUGUUCCGGUGCUUAAACCUGGAUAAUAUCCUUACCAUCUGCGAGCUGGCGCUGGCUCCAACCGGGCGUAUACUGUUCCUUUCUAGACACUUAGCUAUGCUUGGUAUUGCUGUCUGCACUAUCAAAUACUUGUGCGAAUUACGGGGAUGGAAUGGUGUUUCAAUGCCCACAGUGCACGCUCGUGAUGCGAAAAUCUACCUUGAGGAUCCUGGCCCAUGGAUCAUUGGCAUGCCGACUGAAACCCGGUACAUUACUACCAUCUUACCUGAAGUCUGUGUUUGCGAUCUAGAUAUCAAUUACGUCAAUUGCUCGGCUCCUCCUCUGGGUGUCGUUUCAGUGAGGGCUCAGCGUGACAAGUCCCGUCGCACACUGAUGGCGGCUUUCAAUUCCUACUUCCACCCGGACCACUCUAUUCCCAGUGAAUUUAAAGAGGCAUUUCCGGCUGGGCGAUUCCGCCCCCUUUGCAAGAUCACCACGAAGAAAGGCAAUACCUCAACGCCUGUCGCCGAGAUCAUUCGUGCGCCCGAUUGGUGGCACCAGACCAGAGUGGUGCAAGCCUUCGAUGCGGUCCUUCGAGACAAGUAUAAGAAGCCCAGCUUGUUUAAACGUUUAAUGAUGCUGGGCCAAGUCAAACCUCCGAGCAGUCUCACUCCUGCAGAACGCUUUAUUCAGUCUUCCAUCCGCAAACGUGCAUCAGCAUUCGUCGACGCUCGCGACGAUCUUGAGACGAAGAUUGGUCGUCUCUCACGGCGGCUCAACUUCCUCAUGACAGAGUCUGAGCUCUGGAGGCAAAAAUUUGUUAGCUUUGAAGAGUAUGCUGAGGCUUUAAGCUCAGAAGCCGCAGAGCUGCGUGCGAAAAUUAAUAAGGAGCAAAGAGAGAGCAAACGGUUGAGUGCUCAGGUAACCAUUACUUCCCAGGAAAAGGAAGUGCUGAAGCAGAAGUUGGCUCAAACUGAGGCUGAGCACAACCAGGCUCUGAUAGAGCUGGAGCGUAUGCGUGAGGAAAUGGAGGAAAUGGAACGCGAACGUUCGCAAAUGAUUGCUGAGGUCGAGGCACAAAUUGAGCGAGCUCUCGUGUCCAUCGCCUUCAGUGAUGGCAACUCCGAUCUUUCCGACCUGGUCAUAUCGCGCCCUGGUUCAGCUAUGUCCUCCCAUCGUUCCGAUUCUCGUCCGAGCUCAAGGAAUGGUGGAGGGCCAGAAACGGGGAGCAGCCACAACCACACCCUUCGCUCGUUCGGCACUGCGACGACACUCGCGGAAGAACAAGCUAUGGCGCUUGUUGAAUCGCAUCCCAAUGGUGGCGACUCCACUGUGACUAUAGGGCCUGUUAGGGAGGUGACCGACAAGAGAUCUCCCACAGCUCUCUCCGAGAAGGCUCUGAGAAGGUUCUCGGUGACGAAACGGGACCACAGUGAUGCGCUUGGUGGGAUGGAUAGAAGCAUAUCAGAGCGUAGUGACGCCGUUGCUCAGAGAAUGCUCCAGAUUCAGCGCAAGGUGCAGUUUUCACCACAGCUAAUGUCAUCAUUAGAUGCUGACCUGCUCAUAUCAGCUGGAUGCUGUCCGAGAAGCUAAGUACUAUCGCACCGAGUCUGUCUCUAGUGCAAGGACAAGCUUAGAGGAGAGCGGUUCGCAAAAGGGCCCCGUUAGCAGGGCUUCUCGUGUCAGGUCUCCGCUUCUUCAACGCGCGUCGUCGAUCAAGGAGUCGCCUGCCGAAACUCCGAUCCAGUCCACGCCAAAGCUGGU